UCUAAAGCAGGAGGCGAAGAUUCCUUUGCCCCCACUGCGUCAUAUAAUUUUAAUUUGUUAAUCAAUAAAUUAAUCCCAUAAUGUUCUCUCUCUCUCCCCACUGAAACCGCAUUUUAUAGUCUUUUCCUAACCUUUUCCUAAUUUUCAAGUGCUGCUUUGUACUGCUAUAUUCUCUCUGACUCCUCCGUCUCCGGCGAUCUCAUCCGUCCGCCGCUCUUGCUGGGAUUUACCAGCUCAGCUCUCGCCGGCAAGUUUCUCUGUUUGUUUUUGCGAUUCGUUUCUGCAGAAUUUUAUGCUCGUGAAGCUGUUUGUUUGUGAAAGUUGGAAACUUUGCUUGAUGGAAUUGAUGGGUUUUUAGUGUGUUGAUUUUGUGUGGAUUUUGAGGGCAUAAGUGGGUAAUUUGUGGAUUUUGGGCAGAUGGGCAGCUGCUGUUUUAGCUCUGUUGCUAUGUGGUGUACUGCUUUUGGAUUUCUGGUGAGCCUAGAGAGAAUAAUUGCCAGAAAUUUAUGGUCUUGUAGUGUAAAAUUAUUGAUUUCUGGGUGAAAUCCAAGGCUACAUAUCUGGGCUUGUUUUUACUUGUUGAAUUGGGUAUUUAUAUCUGGUGGAAUUGGACUUUGCCAUUAUAAAAAUUCUGGGUUUUUGUGGAAUUUUGAUUUAUGGAGGCUUUCGGAGCCGGAUCUCGGAAGUUCUCUAGUCCGACGGUGUCGGAUUUGAAGGCGGUUGGGAAAAAGAGUGUGGAGUGGGAUUUAAAUGAUUGGAAAUGGGAUGGUGAUCUUUUUACUGCUAGUCCUUUGAAUGCUGCACCAUCUGAUUGUAGGAGUAGGCAGUUGUUUCCGCUUGGGCCGCCGGAAACUCCCUCCACUGCUGGUUUGUCCAACACUUCUUCUUCUGGUUCGGAUGACAUCUGUCCGGGGAAUGAGAAAGGUAAGAGAGAGCUGGAGAAAAGAAGAAGGGAUAGUAUUGUAGAAAAUGUAGACUUAAACAAUGAAGUUGGGUCUCUUAAUCUCAAGCUUGGCGAGCAAGCUUACCCAAUCAUGGAAGGAGAGGUACAAACUGGGAAGAAGACGAAGAUAGUUGGGACUACUUUAAACCGGGCAGUUUGUCAGGUGGAGGACUGUAAGGCUGAUCUUAGCAAUGCCAAGGAUUACCACCGACGACAUAAGGUCUGUGAUAUGCAUUCUAAGGCAACUAAAGCGCCGGUGGGAAAUGUUUUGCAGCGGUUCUGUCAGCAGUGUAGCAGGUUUCAUGUUCUUCAAGAGUUUGAUGAAGGAAGGAGAAGUUGUCGUAGGCGUUUGGCUGGCCACAAUAGGAGGAGAAGAAAAACACAUCCCGAUACUGUAGUUAAUGAAGGCUCAUUGAACGAUGAAAGAGGAAGCAGUUAUCUAUUGAUUAGUUUGCUGAGAAUACUCUCCAACAUGCACUCUAAUAGUUCAGAUCAAACAAAGGAUCAGGAUUUGCUUUCUCAUCUUUUGAAGAAUCUAGCCAAUCUUUCUGGUACAGUUGAUGGAAGGAACAUGUCUGCAUUGCUUACGGCAUCUCAAGGUUUACUAAAUGGUGGGGCAUCAAUUCAGACUGCACAAAAGGUCCUAGAUACAGUUUCCAAUGGCUGUGAACCAAGUAAGCCUUCUGUUUCAGCCUCUAAGAUGGAUGACUAUGGUAAUCGUGAGGACCCUUCAAGACCUACACAACAGUGUUCUACAGUACCUGCAUCAGAUUUCAGGAUAAUAUCUUCAGUUGAUGCCGAUCAUGGAGGUCUGCAAGUUGUUUCAGGUGUAAAUGCCACCAAGCCAUUUCCCUCAAGAGACCGAGUUCCAUCCACAUCAGUUGCACCAGAAGCUACAACGGGGAGGAUCCAGUUAAAUGGCAUUGAUUUAAAUAAUACAUAUGACGAUUCCCAGGACUAUUUGGCCAGCCUAGGGAAUUCUCAAGCCCCUGUAAAUUCAGGGACUGUGUCUCAUGGUUUUCCCUUACGGAUGCGGCAGGAUUUGCAAAAGUCUAGCCCACCUCAGACAAGUGGGACUUCUUACUCAACUUCAUCAAGUUCUAGUGGAGAGGUUCAGAGUCGCACGGAUCGUAUUGUUUUUAAACUCUUUGGAAAAGAUCCAAAUGAUCUUCCAUUUGUUCUACGAUCACAGAUUCUCGACUGGCUGUCCCACAGUCCCACAGACAUUGAAAGUUACAUAAGGCCGGGAUGUAUCAUUUUGACAGUUUACCUCCGUCUAGAAAAAUCCACGUGGGAGGAGCUGUGCUGUAAUCUGGGAUCCAUUUUGAAACGACUUUUGCAUGCUGCCAACGAUCCUUUCUGGACAACAGGAUGGGUGUAUACUAGGGUGCAACAUUUUGUAGCAUUUACGUACAAUGGUCACGUUGUCUUAGACACACCCUUACCUCUGAAAAGCAAUAAAAACUGCAGGAUAUCAUGCAUCAAACCAAUUGCUGUUUCUUUAUCACAAAGAGCUGACUUUGCAGUAAAGGGGUUUAACCUUUCUCAUGCCACCACAAGGUUGCUCUGUGCUCUGGAAGGGAAGUAUCUAGUCCAAGAAACUUGUUAUGACUUGGUGGAUGGUGCUGAUACAACCAUUGAAAAUGAUCAGCUACAGUGCCUCAGAUUUUCCUGCUCUAUACCAAAUGUUACUGGCCGAGGAUUCAUUGAGGUUGAAGAUCAUGGUCUCAGCAGCAGCUUCUUUCCAUUUAUAGUUGCCGAGCAGGAAGUAUGUUCAGAGAUUUGUAUGCUGGAGGGUGCAAUUGAGGGGGCUGAGACUGCCGAUGACAUCCAAGCAGAACCUGAAAAAUUGGAAGCCAAGAACCAAGCGAUGGACUUUAUAAAUGAAUUGGGUUGGCUCCUUCAUAGAGGUCACACUAAAUUUAGACUCGGUCACAUGGAUCCCAAACUAGAUCUAUUUCCUUUUAGACGGUUCAGGCUGCUUUUGGAGUUCUCCAUGGACCAUGAUUGGUGUGCUGUAGUGAAGAAACUCUUAGGCAUUCUGCUUGAGGGUACCGUUGACGCCGGAGAACAUCCUUCUAUUGAGCUUGCAUUGUUGGACAUGAGCCUCCUUCACAGAGCUGUGCGAAGAAAGUGCAGGCCUAUGGUGGAACUCUUGUUAAGUUUUGUCCUAGAUAAAGGGUUAGGCAAAACAGGAUCAGAGGACGGCCAACAAGUUGGCGGGGAUGGCAAUAAAUUCUUAUUUAAACCUGACGCAGUUGGGCUGAUGGGAUUGACUCCUCUUCAUGUUGCAGCCAGUACUGAUGGAUGUGAGAACAUAUUGGAUGCCUUAACUGAUGAUCCCGGAAUGGUGGGAAUUAAAGCUUGGGGAAAUGCUCGAGACAGUACAGGAUUGACACCAAAUGAUUAUGCAUGUCUGCGAAGCUGCUACACCUACAUCCAAAUUGUCCAGAGGAAAAUCAGCAAGAAACAUGAAAGCAGGCACGUGGUGCUUGAUAUCCCUGGCGUUAUCUUAGACAGCAGCAGCAAGAAGAAACAAUUAGACAGGCAUAGGUCCUCAAAAGUCUCCAGCUUGGAGACCGAAAGGAUUGAUAUGAAAGCAAUGCAGGCACAUUGCAAGCUAUGUGAAAUGAAACUAGCUUAUGGCAACACUAGGUCGCUUGUGUACAGGCCGGCAAUGCUGUCAAUGGUAGCCAUUGCUGCUGUCUGUGUUUGCGCUGCCUUGCUAUUCAAAAGCUCACCUGAAGUCCUUUAUAUCUUCCAGCCCUUCACGUGGGAACGCUUGAAGUAUGGAACCAGCUAAGGGCAGUUUACGCUUCUCAAAUCUUAGUUCCUCUUGCUUUAGGCCGUUUCUGUUAAUCAUAUAUAUAUAUAUAUAUAUGAACCUAUAACUCUAUAGGGAAAAUAAUGUACCGGUUUUCGUAUCCUUUAAGAUUUCGACGAGACGUGUUGCACGGUAUGUAUUAAUGAUAGUUCAUAUAAAGUAUGUAUGGGGAAAGAUUGAAGUAAAUAGAAUUAUUGACCGAUUUAAAUAGGCAUGAAAACGGCCUUUUGGGUUGUUUUUGUAUGUUUA